AUGCUUCACCUCGACAGAAGCGACGUGGCCAUGAUCGAGAGUCUGGGUGCGAGCCGGAUCUGGGCACGGCGCGCAGUGCCAAACAUUGCAGCGGGCCAGCGCGUGCACCAGCGCGACCAGGCGUUCGGUGACAACGUGGCCGCGCGCAAGUCUGGCGUCUACCCCGACAAAUUCUGCAGAGCGGCCACCGCCUGCGCGAACGACGCCGCGGCGGACAAGCGCGCUGGGGGGCCAGGCCCCAUGGGCGGCGGAGAGGACUUCGCCGAGACUCACGACGCGAAGGCCGACGAGACUGUGGACGGCAGGAUCGGGCGGGCAGAGCUGGCGCUGCCCAAGAGACUACACGUCAACGUGAGCCACUUGUCUGAUGGAGAUCUGGGUCGCAGUCUGCAGCUCAUAGGCGCGAAGCUGGCCGUCGUCCAGGCCGCCCAAGGGCCGGUCGGCGCAGCGCGCCUGUCGCGGCAGCGACCUAGCGCAAGGAGACCAGCGCGCCUCCACUUCGUUCCAGAUUUUGGCGACGACGCCGGGUUCGACUACUUCGAGCUCAAGGGCGCGGAGGACAAGAACAACUGGUAUUUCCGCAUAGUUGGUCUAGCAACCACCUCCCACGUGGCGACCUUGAUCGACAACGAUGCCAGCCAGGAGUUCGCGCCCGCAUUCGAGAGGUGCUGGGCCUCCUGGGCAAGGGUGCUGGACCGAGUGCAUGCCCAUAUGGAGACGGGGUCUGGCGGCGCCCUGAGCGAGCUGCUCCAGUUUUCAACUCGGCGCAGCUACCUACCACUGGACAGGCGCAUUUACAGCUCGGAGCUCGCGGCCAGGACGAUCGAGCACUCGUCGGUCAAAGACAAGGACGAGAUGCACGCGCUGGGCAUCGUGGCGUCGGGCUCCAAGAACUCGCUGAGGCGGCGCGCGGGCUUCAGCCCGGCACAGUCACAGUGGGCGUUGGGGCGCGACCCCAAGACGGCGGCCGACCUGGCGGACGACGCAGCCGAUUGCAGCACCCGCAGCCUCGCCGCCAACGACGAGAAGAUCCGCCGACGGCAUGCCAUACGCACGGCGGCGCGGGAGUCGUUCAUGUAG